AAUUAAAACUGGAAGUAAUUCGUAAAUCCCUUUCUUGUUACAAAACGGGCCGCGUAUUGAGGCUAUUAGUCAGUCAUUGUGAACCAGUGAUCCCGUAAACAUCGUGCUCGACAUUUGGACUCCCCAAGUGGAAUCUCUAUACGCAUUCUUGACGCUGUGAUAUUAUUCUCUGUCCAGGCCAGGGGUGUAGGAGGAUUGAUUUACAAAUCAUGUCUUCGUUUACGUCCUCCUUUACCAUCGACAGCAUAUUGUCUCGUCCGACGUAUCGACCGCAAUGUGGCCCCUGCAUGUACUCUCACCCGUACCCUAUCAUGCCAACUCCACCUGGAUAUUUAGUUGGGUUCCCUCGUUAUGCCGAUGUGCUCCGAAAUCAUCCCAAGCGAAAACGACGCCACAGAACUAUUUUCACUGAGGAACAACUCGCGCUGUUGGAAUCUACGUUCGAGAAAACACACUAUCCCGAUGUGCUACUUAGGGAAGAACUGGCAAUGAAAGUUGACUUAAAAGAAGAAAGAGUAGAGGUCUGGUUUAAAAACAGAAGAGCGAAAUUUCGAAAGCAAAAACGAGAAGCACUCGACUCCAAAAAGAAAGACACKGAUUCACCUCAAGAGCCAUUGGCUGCGAAUGAAGUGUUUAACGAGAAUUUAAACGAUUCUCCAGUUACACCUUACACAGACCAUGAAUUCACUAAAGACUGUAUUUCCAGCUUAAAUAGUGAUGAGAUGCUUUGCUUGUCGACCACCACUCGAACCAGUCAGGCAUUAACGCAUGACAAUACAUAGAGGUACUUGACGCCCAAAUAGAUUCAACUUAUAGUUUAAAGAGUGYUAGAGAUAUUUCCUGAGUUUUGGUUAUUUAUUCUUAAAUUGAAGGAUUGAAAGUCCUUUGUUUGUAUAUAAUAUAAAAGAGUUCAUAUAUUAAGGUUUGUGGAAUCUUGGAUAACUUUCAGUGUGAAGGAUAUUUUGGUGUUAUUUYUUGAAGUUCUUGGUGUUAUUUUUUAAACUUCUUUCUAACUCUUUCCAGUUCGUUUCAGCCGUCCAUUUUUCGUACAUAGCUAACGCGUUUUUUUGUAAAGUUUGCAGUGUUCCACCGGAUACUUUUUAUUUCAGAAAGAUUUUUUCUGGUGGUGAAAUCGUAAAACAUUGAAAAAAGCCGAAUAGAAUUAGAAUCAAAUAAAAUUUCUCGAUUAUAAUUACAACAUAUUUUAAGUUUUUGAAAAACUAAAGGUACAAAGAAUUGUAAAGAAGUACAGUGAACAAUAAAACAGAAUUGAAAGUGA